AUGGUUAUUAGAAAGCGAAUGCUCCUCUGGGAUUACACCAACACAAACAGCUUCCCGCAGCAGCUCGAUCAGGUUCCUCUCGACAAUGAUCAUCCCACAUCCUCGGUCUCUAAUUGGAACGCGUGGGUGCCUCCUGAGCUCAAGGGCCGGGCGCCUUUCCGGCCCAUGAUCCACUUGAUAGAUGAGACGCAGGGCGACAAGUGGCAGUGGAUCCUGAACAGCGACCAGCCGCUAGUACUGUACUUCAACGAGCCAGAGCGUAACGGGAUUAGCCCACAACAGGCCGCAGACAUCUGGCAUAAUCAGGUCCUGGAGCUGCGUAGUCGCGGCAAGCAGCUGUGCAGCCCGUGCCCGGCAUGGACUGACGAUGGCCGCGCCUGGCUCGAGCAGUUCAUGGCUCUUGUCGCCGACAGCCCCCCGGACUACCUCGGUCUGCACGCCUACAACACUGACGCUGGCGCCACGAAGGCCUAUCUCGAGGAGAUGCACAACCGUUACGGCCUGCCCAUUAUCGUCCACGAGAUCGCCUGCGUCGCGCGCAACUACGACGAGGUCCUUGCCUUCACCGUCGACCUGGCCAACUGGAUGGAUGAGCAGGACUUUAUCUAUGAGUAUGCCUUUUUUGGUUGUAUGGGUCAUGUCGCCGACGACUUUGUCAGCCCUGACGCCCAGCUGAUGAACCCCGACGGAUCUUUCAAGGACCUCAUGUAUAAGUUGAUGUUCGAUCAGCCUAUGCAUGUCUAG